AUGGCGCCGAACCAAACCCUUCUCAUUACCGGAGCCAAUGGCUACAUCGGUACCCAUGUAGUCGGCCUCGCCCUGGAACGCGGCUACAACGUCCGCGCAACAGCCCGCUCCGAGUCUUCCCUUUCCAACCUUCGCGAAACCUUCCCCGACGCCGCUUCCGGAAACCGCCUCUCAUUCGCUAUCGUUCCGGACAUCACAAACUACGAGUCCUACAAGGACGCUCUGGCCGACGUGACAGGCAUCAUUCACACCGCUUCCCCCUUCAUCCUCGACCCCAAGGACAAUGACAAGGACCUGCUGCAGCCGGCCAUCAAGGGCUCCAUCGCCAUCCUCGAUGCAGCACUGCGGUAUGCCCCGCAAGUGAAACGUAUCGUCAACGUUUCGUCUUUUGCUUCCAUCAUCGACGUGUCGGCAGGCAACCGUCCCGGGCACACUUACACCGAAAAGGACUGGAACCCAAUGACUUACGAGCAAGCGUCCAAGACCGACAGUGGCGUAGCGGCGUACUGCGCGUCCAAAGGCCUCGCGGAGAGCGCCAUGUGGCGAUGGAUGACGGAGAACCAGGGCGUCACAUUUACCCUUUCCAACAUUUGCCCUCCGUGGGUGCUCGGCCCGUACCGUGGCAAGCUGGACCUCAACCACCUGUCCGAGUCGAUGGGCUUGUUGUGGAAACUAGUCGAUGCCAAGGAAGUUCCGCCGACGGACUUUGGCGGUUCGGCUGACGUCCGCGACGUCGCUGAUGCUUUGAUCAAGGCAAUCGAGACGCCUGAGGCCGGCGGUGAGAGGUUCCUUGUCGGUCAGCACUUUGACUGGCAGACUGCGGCGGAUCUCAUCCGUGAGGAGCUACCCGAGGCAAAGAGCAGGAUUCCGGAGGGCAAGCCCGGGGCUGGCAAGACCGAGGAGAUCUAUGCUGUCGACGGCAGCAAGGCGGAGAAGGUCUUGGGUAUCAAGUACACGCCUCUGAAUGUUACACUCAGGGACGCGGUUCGUCAAAUGUUGGAUGUGGACAAGGCUUCCAAAUCGUCUUGA